AACAAGGGUACUUGGAUUUUACAAUCACAUGGCAUUUUUUUUGGUUUUUAGCAAGAUAGCAACAAAGCAUUGAAAAGGUCAUAUCUGUUUUUUUCUUUUUAUUUUUUUGAACCUAAAAUGUUAUGUCAAGUGGUUAGCUCUAUCCUUUUCUUGUGAGGUCACCAUUUGAUCUUUAUAACCAACUAAAUAUUAUUAAUACUUUUCCUUCUUCUUCUUCUUCUUCUGCAAAUCCACCGAGACUUGCAACGCAGCAAAACCUACAAACUUUAUUCUUUCAAUUUGCAAUGGAGAAAUCUGGGUAUGGAAGGGAUGGAAUAUACAGGUCGCUAAGACCUACUAUUGUUUUUCCUAAAGAUCCCAAUCUUUCAAUGGUUUCGUUUCUUUUUAGAAAUUCCAGUUCUUACCCUCAUAAACCAGCUCUUAUUGAUGCAGAUUUAUCACUAACCUUAUCUUUUUCACAGCUCAAAUCCAUUGUUAUAAAGGUCUCCCAUGGCCUACUCCGUCUGGGUAUUUCUAAAAAUGAUGUGGUUUUAAUCUUUGCUCCCAAUUCUUACCACUACCCUAUUUGUUUCUUAGCCAUCACUUCAAUUGGUGCUAUUGCAACAACUGCAAACCCUGUUUACACUACCACAGAAGUCUCAAAACAGAUAAAAGAUUCUAAUCCCAAGUUGAUUAUAACAGUGCCUGAAUUAUGGAACAAAGUGAAAGAUUUCAAUUUGCCGACUGUGUUUCUAGGAGCUAAAGAGUCCUUAACUAUGGAUCCCAAUUCAAGAAUCAAAAGUUUCCACGAUCUUGUUGAGCUAGGAGGGUCGAACUCUGAAUUUCCUGCGAGUAAUGUGAAGCAAACGGAUGUAGCUGCUUUAUUGUAUUCUUCAGGCACUACUGGGAUUAGCAAAGGAGUGAUUUUGACUCAUGGAAAUUUCAUUGCAGCUUCUUUAAUGGUCACAAUUGAUCAAGAAAUAGCAGGUGAAAUGCACCAUGUUUUUCUUUGUUGCUUGCCUAUGUUUCAUGUGUUUGGCUUGGCUGUGAUUACUUAUUCACAGAUGCAAAAGGGGAAUGCAGUAGUUUCAAUGGGAAAAUUUGAUUUUGAGAUGCUUUUGAAAACUGUGGAGAAGUAUAGAGUGACGCAUAUGUGGGUUGUGCCUCCUAUCAUACUUGCUUUGGCUAAACACAGCUUGGUUAAGAAAUAUGAUCUGUCCUCAUUGCAGCAUGUGGGUUCUGGUGCAGCUCCUUUAGGAAAAGAAUUGAUGGAAGAAUGUGCUAAGAGCAUUCCUAAUGCUGUAGUUGCUCAGGGCUAUGGCAUGACUGAGACUACUGGUAUUAUUUCAGUGGAGAAUCCAAGGAUAGGUGUUCGACAUACUGGUUCAGCUGGAACACUUGUCCCUGGAGUUGAAGCGCAAAUAGUUAGUGUAGAUACUCUGAAGCCUCUUCCUCCAAAACAAACGGGGGAAAUUUGGGUUCGGGGACCCAAUAUGAUGCGAGGUUAUUUUAACAACCCACAGGCCACAAAGGACACAAUAGAUAGGAAGGGUUGGGUACAUACAGGAGAUCUUGGAUAUUUUGAUGAAGAUGGGCGACUAUAUGUUGUUGACCGUAUUAAAGAGCUCAUCAAAUACAAAGGAUUCCAGGUUGCACCAGCUGAGCUUGAAGGGCUGCUUGUUUCUCAUCCUGAAAUAUUAGAUGCUGUUGUUAUCCCCUUUCCUGAUGCCGAAGCUGGUGAGGUCCCAAUUGCAUAUGUUGUGCGAUCGCCUAAUAGUUCAUUGACUGAAGAAGAUGUUCAGAAAUUUAUUGCUGAUCAGGUUGCGCCUUUCAAAAGAUUAAAGAGGGUGAGUUUCAUAAACACUGUCCCAAAAUCAGCUGCAGGAAAAAUCCUCAGACGAGAGCUCAUCGAAAAAGUAAAAUCGAAGCUAUGAGUUUCUAUGUUUGUUUCUCUACAUUAUACAUUUGAAAUAAAUGCAUAAUUUAUAGGAUGCCAUAUUUAUCGUCUCUGUACCUUUCUUGUAUACCAUUUUAAAGGUUAAAUACUCUGUAAUAUUUGACUAUUUAGUCCUUCACGUUCAAUAUAGCACUUCUAGAAGACUAAAUAGUUCAGGGUCUAAUCACUGUAUUUAUCAAACAAGAAGACUGAAGUUCUGAUUAUGACUAAAUUUGAAGGACCAAGUUGUUAUUUAUUCUUA